AUGGGUAAGUGGAUCUUGUCUCACGACGGAGGGUCAGAGCCGACUUCGUCAAGCACCUGCUUGCCUGGAGGCCCGAGCUCGUCUGCGAAGAAACCUGCCCCAAUCGUCUAUGGUGCCAUCUACAGCACAACCCACCGCGCCGCCGCACUCGUCCGCUAUGCCAUCCGCGUCGACGCCGCCGUCUUCAGUGCCGUUUACGUCAACGGAAUAGCCUUCUCGCAUGGUCCGCAGCUUGAAGCAUGUCAGAGAAUAGAGUUUCCCCAAUCGUCUCUGCCGUCUACAGCACAAUUCGCACCGCAACUGUCCCCUUGCGCCAUCUCCGACGGUGCCGGCGCCGCCGCGUCCAUCUUCAGUGACGUUGACAUCGAUAGAGCACACCGUCACUUGGGCAACAUCGCCGGCGGAAAUUGGGAAUUUCACGGCGAGGCAUCCGAUCAGCGGCGGACCAGAUCUCACUCGGUAUCACCGCCUCGUUCGUGGAUCCCGCGGCCACAUACCUCCUCCACGAAGCCAAUGUCCUCGCCGCCAACAUCUACCAUGUCAUCCACCGCCGCCCCCGCCUCCUCACCUGCAGCAUCGACCGGAGGCUCAACGUCGAGUAUGAAGCAGACGGCACGCCUGCGACAACUGACUGAUGUUCGUUCGUUUCAAGUAAAGUUCGACAUCGAGCCUAGUGUCGCAGUCUACUUCGCCUUGGAGUUCAUGGCUGGGAGAUUUGAAGCUAACGAGUGUCUUGCACAACAAGAAUUAGAAGAACCUGUCUUUCAGUCCGUGGAUGAUGUAACCAUAGACGAACCCAUUAGACACAUUUUGCCAACCGAGAUAGAUGUGUCUUCCAUUCCCUCGGAAACUCGGUUCCUGGAGAAACUCGAAAGAGGAGAGAAGGGAAUUGGUCCUCGAACCGUAAGCUAUGGUAUGGAUGAUGGGGAUGAUAUCUAUGGACUAGAACAAUCAAAGGCCAACACAAUGUGA